GCCAAGCCGACGAGUCGACAAGCGAGCAUCUUAUACGACGCAGCGGCAGCACGCACUGAGCCAUCAGAAGGGCGGCCGCGAUGGGCUCAACAACACACGUCUUCUUGCUGAUCUACUUCUUGCUCGUCGCCAGUCAUGGUGCCCUCCGCACCGCCUCCCUGACCUUCGACUUCGACUUCUCCAACGUUUCCACGUUCAGCCUAGCGGACUUCACGAUCGCCGGCGCCGCCGCGUUCCACGGUGCGCUCUUCGACCUCACGGCGAACUCGUACAGGGCCGGCCUAAACUUCAACGUCGGCCGGGUGGCGUACGCACACCCGGUGCCGCUCCGGGACAACGCCACGGGCCAGAUGGCCAGCUUCACCACCGCCUUCUCCUUCGCCAUCAACAUCACCGACAUGAACAACAAGGGCGAUGGCAUGGCCUUCUUUCUCAGCCAGUACCCGUCGGCGCUGCCGCCCAACUCGCAGGGUGCUGCUCUCGGCCUCUGCACCGACUACUGCGUCAACAAGACAGCCGGCGAGGACAGGUUCGUAGCCGUGGAGUUCGACACGUACAACGACACCUGGGACCCGAGCGUGACCUACGAUCACAUGGGCAUCGACGUGAACUCGAUCGUGUCCGUGGCCAACAUCUCGUUGCCGAGCUUCAGCCUGAACGGGCAGAUGAGCGCGCAAGUCGACUACAACAGCACCACCGGCGUGAUGAACGUCAAGCUACAGUUCGACCGCAGUCCGAAGUUCCACGGCGCCACGCCAACCUUCAACGUUACCGCCAAGGUGGACCUCGGGACCGCACUGCCGGAGCAGGUCGCCAUAGGGUUCUCGGCGGCGACCGGCGCAUCUAUUGAGUUGCACCAGUUGCUUUCUUGGUCCUUCAGCUCGAUAACUCCGGGGAGCUCACCCAGCACAGGCAUGAGUACAGGUGCUUCGACUUCAUGGAAUUCCAGAAUGGGGCUAAAGGUUGCUCUGGGGAUUACCAGCUUGGUAUCCCUCUUCCUCUGUACAGCUGUUCUUGCUCUGCUCCGUGCAUUGCGCCUUAAAAACUUGGCGUUAGCUGAGAUACAACUAGAAUCAGAAGCUCAAAACAAGCUCAUGGAUGAGGAGUUCGAGAAGGGCUCAGGGCCCAAGCGGUUCGAGUACAGCCAACUCGCCGUCGCAACCAGGGACUUCUCAGAGGAGGAGAAGCUCGGAGAAGGCGGCUUUGGCUCAGUUUACAGAGGAUUCCUGAAAGAGCUAGACCUCGACGUUGCCAUCAAACGAGUGUCGAGGGGUUCGGAGCAAGGGAGAAAAGAGUACACCUCUGAAGUGAAGAUCAUAACCCGGCUGAGGCAUCGGAAUCUUGUUCAGCUCAUCGGAUGGUGCCACGAGGGCAGGGAGCUCCUGCUGGUGUAUGAACUCAUGCCCAAUGGCAGCCUCAACACCCAUCUGUACAACCCAAUUGUUCUCCUUACAUGGCCAAUCAGAUUCAAGAUCGUGCUCGGGUUGGGGUCUGCGCUCCUGUAUCUCCACCAGGAGUGGGAGCAGUGCGUCGUGCACAGGGACGUCAAGCCGAGCAACAUCAUGCUGGACGCGUCGUUCGGCGCCAAGCUCGGUGACUUCGGCCUCGCGAGGCUCGUCGACCACGGCCGCGGCUCGCACACGACCAACCUCGCGGGCACCAUCGGGUACAUGGACCCAGAGUGCCUCGUGGCCGGCCGCGCGGGCCCGGAGUCGGACGUGUACAGUUUCGGCGUCGUGCUCCUCGAGAUCACCUGCGGGCGGCCGCCGGUGGUGCCCGAGCAGGAGGACCAGGGCAGGGCGCGCCUCGUGGAGUGGGUCUGGGGCUUGUACGGACGGGGAGCCGUUCUCGAGGCCGCCGACGAGCGGAUGGGCGGCGACUUUGACGGCGAUGAGGUGGAGCGCGUGAUGGUCGUCGGGCUCGCCUGCGCUCACCCAGAUUGCAUCCUGCGGCCGUCCAUCAGGCAGGCCAUGAGCAUGCUGCAGCGUGAGGUGACGUUACCGACGCUACCUGCCAAGAUGCCGACACCGCAGUAUUUGUGACGUAACCGUGUCUUUCCGGAGACUCGUAGUACGUGCAUGGUUUACGGUGAAUCGGUGUUGAAAUAAAUGAACUUAGUCGGAAAGCUAUUUUUAGCAAUAGAUACAUUGGCAUAAGAAAAAUAUUCAAUACAAAACAAACACAACCGAUUCAUAAUUCUAAGUCAUUCAAUUUUUAUAUGAAGGAAGCUUUAUUCUAAAAUAAAUAAUAUUCAAUUUGAGUGGAAA